AGUAGAGAGAGGGAAUACUAAAUGGGCCUCCCGGAUAUUCUACCGGCCUAUAAAAGAGGUUCAAUUUUGCCGCUUCAUUUGAAACAAGAGACACAAAGCUGAGCCUCGGUCUUCCUUCCUCUGCACUCUUUCUGAAAAUGAGUCGUGAAUCCUCUCGCUCGGCUAAUUCAGGUCAAAGAUCAAAGCGGAGCUUUAACAAUUCCAGUUAUUCAAACAAUAGUAAUAGCAGUAACAAGAAGACCAAAACCACCAAUCAGAAAACCCUAGGAAUGGCCUGGGGCGCCAAUUCACUCUCCUCCUCCCGUUCCUCCUUCCGCACUUCUCCUUUCUCUGAUUUUGGCAGUUAUAUGGUGGAGAAGAACAGGAAACUUCAAAACCAGUUCAAUGCAGAGGCUUCAAGUUCUUCUCAUGGUGGUUCCAGUUCUGAGAAGCCGAUAUUUGAUGGGGUUUCCAUAUUCGUUGAUGGUUUCACAAUUCCUUCGAGCCAGGCACUGCGUGGUUACAUGUUGAAGUAUGGUGGGCGAUUUGAGAAUUACUUUUCCAGGCAUCGUGUUACACAUAUCAUCUGCUGCAAUCUUCCUAAUAGCAAAAUCAAGAACCUGAGGUCUUUCAGUGGUGGACUGCCAGUAGUUAAACCUGCAUGGAUUUUGGAUUCUGUUGCUGCUAGCAAACUUUUGAGUUGGGUUCCUUACCAACUUGAGCAGCUUGCUAAUAACCAACCAAAGGUGUCGGCCUUCUUUGCUGCGCAAAACAGACUAGUUGCUGAGGAUGCUCUGAAUAUUAUGGACCCAUCUUUGAAAGGUGGCACCUUGGCAGGUGUUCCUGUGAAAGAUGGAGAGCAAAUCAAUAGACAAUUUGAGGACCGUGAUUGUCAGAUUGAGGAGCCAAGUAGCAGUAGUGGAAAAUCUUCUGAAGUGAGGAUGGCAGAACCUAUUAAUACAGAAGAUGGAAGCAGCAUAAGCAAUGAACUUCCAUCUAGUCCCAGUCAAUUCUCUGUGUCAGUCAAGGAUAAUCAAAAUGAGAGUAAAUCACCAGCCCCAUCAAUUGCUGGGCCUUCUAAUCCACAUCAUUCAACUAUUGAGGAUCCCAAUUUUGUGGAGAAUUACUUUAAGAGCUCAAGAUUGCACUUUAUAGGAACCUGGAGAAAUCGGUACCGCAAGCGUUUUUGCCACUUACCUAAUGAGUUUAGUUGUAGAAGCGUUUCUACUGCUAAUGCUUCUGAUAAUUCCCAGAAGACUACUAUCAUCCAUGUUGACAUGGACUGCUUUUUUGUCUCGGUAGUCAUCAGGAACGAUCCUGAGUUGCAUGAUAAGCCUGUUGCUGUAUGUCAUUCAGACAACCCAAAAGGAACAGCUGAAAUUUCCUCUGCAAACUACCCCGCCCGAGAAUAUGGAGUUAAGGCUGGAAUUUUUGUUAGAGAUGCCAAGGCUAUUUGUCCACACCUUAUCAUUUUUCCAUACAACUUUCAAGCUUAUGAAGAGGUAGCUGAUCAGUUUUAUAAUGUCUUACACAAACAUUGCAACAAAGUCCAGGCAGUAAGCUGCGAUGAAGCAUUUGUGGAUAUCACAGAUUUGGGAGAAAAAGAUCCUGAGGUUUUAGCUUCAACAAUAAGGAAAGAAAUUUUUGAGACUACAGGAUGCAAAGCAAGUGCUGGAAUAGCUGGGAAUAUGCUUAUGGCUCGCCUAGCUACUAGAACUGCUAAACCUGAUGGUCAAUGUUAUGUCCCACCUGAAAGGGUGGAUGAAUAUUUACAGGAACUUCCAAUUAAGGCACUUCCAGGAAUAGGGUAUGUUUUAGAGGAGAAGUUGAAAAAGAAAAAUAUUUCAACUUGUGGGCAACUGCGCCUAAUUUCUAAGGAUUCUCUUCAAAAGGAUUUUGGCAAGAAAACUGGAGAAAUGCUCUGGAAUUAUAGUAGAGGAAUAGAUAAUCGGCUGGUUGGAGUGAUUCAGGAAAAUAAGUCUGUUGGUGCUGAAGUAAAUUGGGGUGUGAGGUUCAAGGAUUUGCAAGAUAGUCAGAAUUUCCUAUUAAAACUUUGCGAGGAGGUUUCAUUACGCUUGCGGGGAUGUGGUGUGCAAGGUCGGACCUUUACCCUUAAGAUAAAAAAGAGGAGAAAAGAUGCUUUGGAGCCUAUAAAGUAUAUGGGUUGUGGGGAUUGUGAGAAUCUGAGCCGCUCAAUUACGGUUCCUGUUUCUACUGAUGAUGUUGACGUGCUUCAGAGGAUAACAAAACAACUUUUUGGGUCUUUCCACUUAGAUGUCAAGGACAUUCGUGGUGUAGGCUUGCAAGUUUCUAAGCUUGAAAAUGUAGACAUUUCGAAGCAAGGAUUGGAAAGAAAAUCUUUAAGAUCAUGGCUCACCUCUGCCUCGGCAACAACAGGAGGACAGGAUAGUAUCAGUAACAUAUCUAACGAGACGAGUAAUAUAGUGCCACCUCCUCUUUAUGAUCUUGAUAUGGAAGUUAUUGAGUGUCUUCCCCCAGAACUCUUUUCAGAACUAAAUCAAAUUUAUGGGGGAAAGUUAGUAGAAUUCAUUGCUCAAAGUAAAGGCAAAAGUGAAAACAGCCGUAACUCUCCAUGCAUCCCUUAUCACGAAGUAAAAGCAACAACAGGUUGCGGUGAGAGACCUCUUGCAUCUACUUUUAUCCCAAACAUGGUACAGGUGGAAAACAUGGCAAAGCAACAUAUAUCUGAAGAAGCACCAUCUGCGCCACCUUUUUCUGGUGCUGGAUCUAAUAAUGGGGCAAUUAGAAGUUCAGGCCUUCUGAACAUUGAUUUAAUGCCCUCAUCUCUAAGCCAGGUUGAUACCUCAGUGUUGCAACAAUUGCCAGAAGAAUUGAGAGCUGAUAUUCUUGAAUUGCUUCCUGCACACGGGAGACGAGAAUCAAUUUCAGCAUCAUCCUUUGUCCCUCUUAUGGAAAAUGCUCAGGAACCAUUGGUGGUUGCUGAGAAUCAAUCCGUAUCUGUUAAUUCAGUUGUGGAUUGUGAUCUUUGGAGUGGAAAUCCUCCGCAGUGGGUUGAUAAAUUCAAAGUUAGCAAUUGCUUGAUACUAAGUACCCUGGCUGACACAUAUUACAAAUUGGGUUCAACUGGAAAUUUAUCUUCUAUGCUGCAACACACAAUUUCUGAUUAUCUAUAUAAAAUGGAUGAAAGUGAUGAUAGUUGGGAUGAUGAAGCUACUCAUAACUUGUGUGAAAUUCUCAAGCAGUAUAUUGCACUAAAGAUAGAAUUUGACAUAGAAGAGAUUUAUGUAUGUUUUCGUCUUCUUAAAAGGUUUACCAAGAAGUCAACAUUCUGCUUGCAAGUAUACAAUAUUGUCUUUCCAUGCCUUCAGGCAUCUGUUGGAGAACAUUAUGGAGGAAGUUUGCAUAUUUCACACGAGUAGUGCUUCUUUUGAUGGGAUUCUUUGCGCAAUUAUAUUUAUAUUUUCAAGUCUCAACAAAAUUCUGCUAUGAAGGAAAAAGAAAGAAUUAGCUCAGCCAGCUGAAGGAAAAGAAAGAGCAUGAAGAAAAUAUAGAAAAGAAGCAUCUGAAAUGCUGAACAAAGAAAAGAAAACCCAAGUGGUGGGGUGAGAGAGGUAGAAGGAAAGGAGAAAAAUAAUCAUAUAUGUAUCUGGACUGGACAAGAUGAGGAAUAGUAUGAGUGGAGGCAUGGGGCACUCACAACAGCCCAGAUAACCAGAAGGUGCACCUGGCGCAACAUCUCAGAUUGCCUUGUGAAGGUCGCCUCCCUGGAGUGCGCUUAGGCAAUGUGCCAGCUCGAGCUUUAUUCUUUAGGUGCGUCUUUAAAGAAAACGCCUUGGACAAUAUGUUGCAUUUUUUUUUUCUAACAUGUGAAGUUUUAUUCGUAACAUUUGGUAUCAAACAAAUUUGUUUACCAUGGUUCUUGAUUCCUUAAGAGGAAUGGUCCUUUUGAUCCUCUGCAUGUUUCGGAAUGAAGAUGGACUUCUGUACUUCAGGUUAGAACAUGAGACUGGUUUUUCAGGAGAUUAGCAAAGUAAAAGCAUCUUUCAAGAUUUUGUACAUGAUGCAGACAAUCAACUAUUUGAGGUUUGCUUCUUACGCAGUAUAUAUCCAAGAAUGGGGAAUAUAUUUGUACAACUGUCCUGGCUUGAGAAUAAAACAGGUCGGAAGAUACCUGCGGAUCCCAGAUAGGCAUUGUAUUUCCAUCGGGAAAUUGCCUAUACAUAUGAUAGUUACAAUAACUAAUAGUAAUGUCAAAACUGUGGUGCAUUCUGUUGGGUUGAUAGGCAAUGGCAAUGCUCGGAAAAAGCCUUGCCUUGAAAACAGUUGUCUUGGCAUAAACACCUCUCAGUUAUCACUGGUUAAUUGAAAAGCCAGAUUGGAAUUUACAGUGCUAUGGUUCGCUUGGAAUUGGUAAGCUAAGUGGAGAGUCCUAAUUGUUGGCUAUCAAAAGCAGUUUUGAGUACCUGAUGGAAUUGAUUAUGGGCACCGUCCUGAUCGGCAGUCCUCUGAUAUGCAUUAGAUAUGAUAUGUUUCAAUUGAAGAUAAUGCGCAAGUCCUUGGAUCAGACACCAUUGCUGAUUCCUCUGAUUUGAAAAUCGAUUUGGACCAAAAGUCUAUUUUAUUCAUGACCUUGCUGAAUAAGUGUCUCUACCAGCUUAUAAGUUUUAAAAAUAAGUUGGCUCGUUAGUUUAUAAUAUCUUAUGAGAGGAUUCAACUUUUUAUUUUAAU